CAAAAGACUGUCAUUGUCGGUGCUGGUCCUGUCGGUGCUCUUGCAGCACUUUACGCUGCUGGCCGUGGUCAUGAAGUAGAGGUUUACGAACUACGAGGAGACCCAGCCACUGUUCCACUCAAUUUCACCAAGUCCAUCAACCUGGCUCUAUCAGAGCGUGGAAUCAACGGGCUCAGAAAGGCCAAUGUCCCCGGUUUGAUCGAGUCUGUGCUGGAGGAGACUAUUCCCAUGCAUGGCCGCAUGAUCCACGGUGCGAAGCAAGGAGAGGUCUACGAAGAAUCGCAAAACUACGACAUCUAUGGAAGGGUACUUGACUCUGAAUCCUUCUNNGCUAUUCGUGCAGUGGAUAGAGCAGGACUCAACAAGCGUCUUCUCGAUGAGCUAGACAAAAUGCCGAACGUCAAGCUGCUGUUCAAUCACAAGCUAGUAGGUGCAGACUUCAAGAAGAACAAGGCUUGGUUCGAAAGGCGUGACGAAGGUGUGCGACAAGACCACGCUCAAAACCCAACUCAAGGAAAAGAAGCUCCUCACGCCUCCAGUGAAAUCGAGGUGUCUUUUGAUUUCAUGAUCGGUGCAGAUGGUGCUCAUUCUGCCGUUCGUUACCACUUGAUGAAGUUUAUACGCAUGUCAUACCAGCAGGAGUAUAUCGAUACACUCUGGUGUGAGUUCCAUAUGGACCCAUCAGCAACAAACGAUUUCCAGAUCUCGCCUAAUCAUUUACACAUCUGGCCCGGCGGUGAAUUCAUGUUCAUCGCCAUUCCAUCUCUGGAUAAAUCUUUCACCUCGACAUUAUUCCUACCUGCUAAAAUCUUCGCCGAGCUAGACAAGAAUCCUUCAUCCUUGGUAGACUUCUUCAACAAGAACUUCCCUGGUGUAGCAGGAAAACUCAUCCCAGAGGCCGAAUUGCAGAAGCAGUACAAGGAAAACCCGCAUCUACCACUCAUCAGCAUCAAGUGCUCACCAUACCACUUUGGCUCUUCCGCCGUCAUUCUAGGCGAUUCGGCACACGCCAUGGUUCCUUUCUACGGUCAAGGCAUGAACGCAGGACUCGAAGACGUGCGCGUGCUCUUCGAACAUCUAGACGCAAACAGCCAAGAUGCCUUGGGUCGCGCAAAGGCACUCGACGACUACUCUGACAAUCGCGCACCGGACGCAGCAGCAAUCAACGACCUCGCUCUCCGCAACUAUCAGGAAAUGCGUGCAGAUGUGGUUUCUCCAAUCUAUCGACUGCGCAAGUGGAUCGAGGAGAAAAUGACUGUCUACCUUCCAACAGCCGGUUUCGCAACCCAGUACUCUCGUGUGAGUUUCGGCAAUAUACGCUACUCGGAGGUAGAGAGGUUGGCACAGAAGCAAGGAAACAUUCUGCUCGGUGGUAUGGCGGGUAUUGUCGCUUUGCUGAUCCCUGCAAUGGGAUAUGCCAGCUGGGCCAUCUGGAGAUGGAACCGUGCAUCGCACGCUUCCAGGUUCUCGGUCAAGAGCAUUGCAAGCUUGGGCGACAUCACCGAAAGAAUUGGAAGGAUCUUCACCUAG